AUGAAAUGUUGUUUUCUGUUCUCUGAUUUAAAUGGACAUUCCAUUGGUAAUCACAGUCACAGUCAUCACAGUCAUCAUCAUCAUCAUAGGCAUGCUCAUAGAAAUGACGAUAGUGUUGAUAGCGAUGAUAGCAGUGGAAGUGAAGAGAUAUUGGAGAUGACAGAUACCGAUCAUUCAUCGGCGAGGAUGUCAUUCAUUUCACACAUGUCGACUCCGUCGGCAGCAUCGCCACUUUUUCAAUCGCCAGGACUCUACUCAAUGUCCAACUCAUCGGCGUCGACCACCAACGACAGUCUCAACAGCAACAUCAAUCAUAUGUCACACAUUACAUUGGAUGACGAUAUCGAGACGAUGAUAGCAUCGCCAACCAAACAUUUUCCAAGACAUUACUACCGACAUAGUAUUAUGGAUCCAGUUGGUAGAGAUAACAACCAUCAUCAACAACAACAACAAAAUACACAGACAUUCAGUAAUCACAAUAAUCAUAGUAAUAGUAAUGCAAAUAAAUACAAUACGGCGGUCGGAUACAAUGAAAGUCAACAACAAAAGAAGAAACAAUAUAAAGAUCAUUAUAGAAAUGACUUUUUCGGGUUCGUAGCUCCACCUUCUACUCCUACGAGCAAAACACAUGGAAAUUCUUUGGUCGACGAUGAAUAUAGUAGUGAUAGUGAUGAUCCCGAUGAGAGUGAGAAUGAGAAGAAGUAUAAAUAUAUAAAGAAACAAGCAGCGAUGCAACACAAUUUCAACAACAAUACUACGGAUACACAAAACAGUAGUUAUAAUCAUAAUCAGAGUGGCAGUGGAAGUAGUAAAUAUAACAACAAUAGUAAUCAACAGAGUAGUAGCAGGAGUAACAGUAAUCAUUCUAGUACAAACAACAGUAGAAAUAACAGUUUAACAAAUCUAAGGCAACCACCAACCAAUGUAAAUAGUAACAAUCAAAUGAGUGGUAAAAUGGAAUUUGACUACCGUAAGCCUGAGGAAUUUCAACAGCUUCUAACAAGGAUCAAAGAAAACUCUGCUCACUAUGGUGCACAGUUUAACGACUUGGUAAACAGAACAAAAGUUAUAAAUCAUUCUAUGAGUCAUAUCAUGAUGGAGAAUUUCGAAAACUAUUCAAAGACAUGUACUGAUGUAUUAGACGAAACUUAUCAUAGUAUGGAAUCAAUGAAGACACUGAUUAAUAGUAUGGAACUAUUGAAUAGUGAUCUAUUUCAUGUGUACAAAUUAGCAUCUCAAAUUAAACAUAUUAAAAAAUCAUUAGACCUUUUAGAUAUUUACGUAUCUAGAUUACCUUCUAUAGAUUAA